GGACGGUCAUGUUGUGUAGGAGGAAACAGAGGCACGGCCAUCGGAAUGCCACAGGCUUCUGUCUCACUGUUGCCAUUUCUGCUGGCACUCUUGGGAUAUGCGAUGGCGGGGCUCCACCUCUGGCCCUCCCUCCAUGUGGCCCUUAGCAACGCCAGUGUGUUUGUGGACUUCAGCACCGAAUCCAACUGUAGCACCACUCGCAACACCACCCUCUCUCUGGUUGACAUGGAAACCAACACUACCCUUCUGACCAGAACCCUUCCCAACGGCCAAUCGGAAGGGAGGAUAGAGUUCAACUGCUCUUGCUUCCUGUAUGCUGGGACGUUCCGGUUCCUGUUGAGGCAGACCAGCAUCAUCGCCGGUUCUCGUGCAAAUGGAACGGAUGGCUGUAUCAUGGAGGGCACGACCUGGUGGUGGAGCUCUGAACUGCAGGUGCAGUGGCCCACCUUUCACAUCGCUGUGGAGAGGGCCGGUAACCACUCAGGAUCUUUCUUGGUAGGGAUAUCCACAAAUGAAUACUUCCAGGCCUGCUCCAGCAGCCUCAGCUCUGCCCUCUCUCUGGAAGUUAGCUACAUGGAGUACAAUCAGAUUGGGCGAAACAGUAUCGACAAGGUCCGAGCCCGUACACGCCACCCAAUCCAAGCACUGCGUUCCCAGAGCGUCGAGUUGCCAUGUGCCUUCCCCUUCACAGACAAAGACUUCAUACGGGUGGCUGUGCGUUCUCCUCAUACAACGCAGGAAGUCAAGAGCUCUGGGCCACUCUACUUGUCCCGGAUCUUCUCUUAUAAGCUACUGGUGGACAAUGCCAAUGCCUACAGGACUGGUUGUGAGGGAGCUAUGACUGUUAAGUUGGUUACCCCACCCUGUGCUCACAUCAAUGGGAAAGUAUUGCUGUAUAAGGAUGGAGGGGUUGGGAGCAGUGUUGCUGGUUCUGGGAUAGGGGCAGGGGGAACAGCGUUGAUGGGGUUUGGACCAGAGGAGCCAUCGUCUCCUCCACUGGCCUUCAACUGGCUGACUCAGGGAGAGAAUGAGACCGAAUUCAACUGUUCUGUGUUUUACCCAGGGAGGAAUAAAUAUUGCUUUCGCUUUGUGUUCAACUUCAGUCGCUCCCCGAGUCCAGCACAGACCUGCUUGGUGGUUCACAGAAGUACAGAGUCAUGGGGUCCCUGGCAGCCAUGGAGUGUGUGCAGUGUGAGCUGUGGAGAGGGGGUGAGGGAACGUGUCCGUGAUUGUCUGCUGCCAUCCAGUGCGGGAGGGCUGCAGUGCACCGGCAUGGUGAAGGAACAGUCCCUCUGCUCACUGGAGGACUGUGUCGCAUUGCCUGCCCCAUCCCCAUCCCUCCCCCCUGCACCAGUAGGAGUUGCACCUCUAGGUGGUAACCUUGUUGUGGUGGCUGGUAUCUGCCUUUGCCUGGCUGUUAUUUUGGCAACUGUUGUAGUCACUGUGUGGAGAAAGCUUUGCCGGGCCCCUCAGUGCAGCUCUGUGCGGCGAGGCUCCAUGCAUUCCCCUGGGGGACGCAAGCUCUCUGAUGAGGCCUCCAUAUGUGGGCACAGCCUCCAAAGGCCCAGCUUGUCAGAGAGCCAGGGCCCACCAGGGGGCCUUGGGAUGGGUGUUGGCCAGAAAGACAGGCCUCCCUUGGGCAGUCAGCCUCUUUCACAGCCCCUGGUGGUUCCUCUGCCACAGGAUCCAGAGAGGCUGUCUCCAUCAGGUCAAAAGAUGCUGCCGCCUAUAUUUGGGUAUCGCCUGGCUCAGCAGCAGUUGAAAGAAAUGAAAAAGAAAGGGCUGAAGGAGGCCACUCAGCUAUACCAUGUCUCCUCAAGCCCAGUCCAUGAUACCUUGCUGGAGACAUCUGCUUCACCUACGAACUCACCCACUCCUACACCCACAGGGUUCAUUCAAUCUGGGCUUACCACCGGCUCUGUCCCUCUUGGCCUCCAGGAGGAGGCGAACCUCAGCCACUUCCGUAUCGCAGCUCCCUUUUCUGAGCCCAGACCCCAGCUGCAGACUUCUAAGACCAUGCCAGACAGACUGAGUCCCAGAGUGGAGCUGGUCCUAGGGCCUCCUGUUUCUGGUUAUGCAGGUGGGGGCAGCUCAAAAUGGCGUGACCGCACUGCUGACUGGGUUGAGAUGGUCGAGAGGAGUGGGUUGGCAGGACUCCGAAAUGGAGGGGACGCAGGAGGAGGAAACUCAUAUCAGAAGAAUCCCCAUUUCCGCCGGACUUCCAGUUUUAAUGACACCAAACCCCAGCCUCCACCUGCCACACACUCUGGACACUUCAGAGAAAGAAGCAUGACCCAGGUGGGCUCCCGCACCCUUCCUGAGGGAAGCUGUUGGACCAAAGUUGCCAGGGAGAGUCAGCCAUACCCCUCUUUCUCCUCUUACCCCAUUCCAGAGCAUGGGGCGUCAGACUGGACCAAGUCCCGACCCUAUGGAAGUGACCAGAGGACACCCUGGAUAGAGACAGCUGUUUCUUCUAACAAAAGUGAGCUCAAACACACAGGGACCAACACUAAUGCCAUUUCAGCACCUGACAUGUCCAGUAAAACAGAUGUCAAUGGCACAGGGGAAAGAGAGAGGCAGAGGAGUGGUGGGACAGGAGGAGGAAGAGGAAUCUCAGGGAUUGGUGGACCAGCACAGGGGUCUGUCAGUUCUAAUAGUGGGGAUCGCCUGGGUUUAGAACGGGCAGAACAAAAUUGGAACCGCCGUGGUCCGUCGCCUAUCCAGAGGAACAUGUUGGCCCGGAAAUUAAAGGAGGCACAGUCUUCCUCUGGCCACAAGGCGCGGCAGCGCAGCUCAACCUUUAGUGCUUCCAGCUCAGAGCAGAGGAAAGGUCGCUGCCGCUCUCUGCCAAUGUCUGGAGACUAUAGUAGCAGUGACGGCUCUGCCUACAGGCUGAGUGAGGCAGAGCAGAGGAUGCUGGACUUAGACCUGUCCCCAGCAUAUGUAGUGGAGGAGAAAUAG